UUUAUGAGCCCGUUUGCAUCCCCUGGGCAGGAAAAUGGCAGCCGGGUCCUCUUCCCUGCGUAUUGGAAUUGUAGGAUUUGGAAAUCUAGGACAGUUCUUAGUGGAGAGAAUCACUAAAGAUGGAGCCCCUCUAGGAUUAGCUCUGGCUUUUGUUUGGAACCGAAAUAGUGAGAAACUGAAAGGUUUAGUCCCAGAUGAGCUUGUAUUGGGUAACCUGUCAUCCUUCGCAGACAGGCAAUGUGAUGUCAUUGUGGAAGUGUGCCAUCCUCGGGUGGUGAAAGAAUUUGGGGUCCACUUCCUGUCUCGCUCACAUUUUAUGGUCGGCUCCCCCUCGGCCCUUGCUGAUCACGACCUGAAUGAGAAGCUUCGUCAGGCGGCGCAGCUGAAUGGAAGAACGCUCUACGUGCCCAGUGGCGCGUUGUGGGGAGGUCAGGACAUCCAGAGGUUGAAUGAUAGCGGGGCAUUGCAGGCUUUAUUCAUAAGGAUGUCCAAGCAUCCAUCCUGCUUCCGGCUAACAGGAGAUGUCCUCUCUGAGUGGACAGAGGGGGAAGGGAGGCGGGUUUUAUUUAGUGGCUCGGUGGCGGAGCUGUGCCCUCUCGCUCCCAACAAUGUCAACACUAUGGCGGCGGCGGCACUGGCUGCAGGGAAGCUCGGCUUUAACGGCGUUCAGGGAGAGAUCGUGUCUGACACGGCGUUGAGUGACUUUCAUGUGGUGGAGGUGGAGGUGACAGGGCCUGGUGGUUUCUCAGUGCACACGGUGAGGAAGAAUCCAGCCCGUCUGGGUGCUGUAACCGGUAGUGCAACAUACAACUCAUUUUGGAAUAGUUUACUUGUUUGCAAAGGUCAUGGGGGUCAGGUUUAUUUGUGCUGAAACAUCCAACGCCCGAUGAAGACCGACUGCAAAUAGAGGUGAACAGUGGAUAUUCCAUGUGGUUGUUGCCAUGUAAACAGCCAGAGGCUCUUGUGGUCCAAUAAAACACACAUGCAAGCAAAGAAGAGCA